AGUUUUUGUGUCCUUUGAGCAGGAACAGGAAACACCUGAUGGCAAGUCUGAAAUCGUCUUUAACAACCAUGUCUUCAAUCUGGUGGCUCCUGACCAAAUCAAGAAGCUCUGGAACUACAGGCAGUAAGUACCUCUGGUGAUCGUUCUGCUCUGAUAUUAUUUCUAACAUGCGUUCUAAUCCUGCUAGGAUUAGAAUGGCAGCCUUGCCUGUGAGCCUACGCUAAGGGCAAUGAAGCCCGGUAGUUACACUUACAGAUCUGAGUAGACGUUUGCAGAUUGUGUGCAGCAGACGUUUUGCAAAAGUCACGGGUGUAUGACACCUAAUUGGGAGGCAGACUUCAGUUGUAAUUGAUGGCUUGUGAGUAUUUUGACAACUUAAAGCCAAAAAGAGGGGGUUUUCAGAACUAAAACAACCUAAGUCCACAAUUACAAAUUGUUCUACACGUUUGAAGAUCUGUGGACACAUUUGCAGGCCAGUGCAUGCAUUUGUGGGUUUUUGCACACGUUUGCAAAUCUGUCUGUGCAUUUGCAGAUUGGUGUACAGAGCUUUGUAUGCAUUAGCAAAUAGUUUUGCAACAAUAAUAGCUACAUAGAGGGAUGUAUGCAUGGAUGGAUGCAUGCAUGUUUUUUUAACUGGUUUGUCAAACAUUUCUGAGGUCACACCCUGACAUCUCAUACACUCUGUUCAUACACAUGAUGCUCUCACAGAUCACCUGCCAGCACCUUGAAUGACUUUUCUUUGAGGUAUUUGUGGAUUUGUGCACACAAAUCUGCAAAUCUUUCUCCACUUGUGGAUAAUGGCUCUCAAUGUGGUUUGCUUGGCUCCCAAAGCCUUGGAAUUGGCUUUGCAACCCAUUCCAAAAAUCAGAAACAAAGUCAAUGACUUUGUUUCUGAUUUCUUCUUAAAUUUCUUUAAAUGGCGCUACGAUGUGUCGCCAUUUGAGAUCUUCACUUCACUUUGCCAGACAGAUUUUAAGGAAUUUCUUGAUUCAACAGGUCUUGCAGUAAUCAGGCCUAGGUGCAGCUAGUGAAACUGAACUGCCAAAAAUAUGGCUAAUAACAGUUUGCAGUACAAACAGCCAAGCAUCGUUCAGGGUCGCACUGACGUGGUGACGGUGACACCCUGGCUGGCUCCUGUGGUCUGGGAGGGAACCUUUAACCCGGAUCUUCUUGACAGCAUCUACCAGCAACAAAACAUUAGUGUAGCAGCCACCGUGUUUGCUGUAGGGAAGUACAUCAUGUUUCUGAAGAACUUUCUGGAGACAGCAGAGCAGUUCUUCUUUAUUGGUUUCAAGGUGCACGUUUACGUCUUCACUGACCGGCCCAAUGAGGUGCCUCAGGUCAAGAUGGCCCCUGGCAGAAAGCUAACGGUGCUCUCAGUGCCCAGCUCCAACCGUUGGCAAGAGAUCUCAGCUCGCAGGAUGGAGCUCAUUCAGAAGCUGAUUGAGGAGAGGCUUCUGAGCAACACAGACUACAUCUUCUGUCUGGAUGUGGACUCCAAAUUCCACGGCCGCUGGGGAACCGAGUCGCUGGGGGGGCUGGUGGCUGUGAUACACCCAGGUUACUACUGGGAUCCCCGCAGCAAGUUCCCCUAUGAGCGGAGACCUCAGUCCAGAGCCUAUGUGGCCCAAGGGGAGGGGGACUUCUACUACUGUGGGGGGGCGUUUGGAGGCAGUCUGCGGGAGGUGCACCAGCUCGCCAAAACUUGCCGCUUUAACUUCGAGGCCGAUGCCAAAGAAGGCAUUGAAGCAGCUUGGCAGGAAGAAAGUCAUCUAAACAGAUACAUGUGGAUCAACAAGCCCAGUAAGGUCCUGUCACCUGAAUACCUGUGGCAGGAUUUCAAAUCCAGAAACCGUGAGAUCCACAUUAUCAGGUUCUCCGGGGUCAUCAAGAACUAUGCUGAGAUCCGACCCAACGUCUGAGAGUCGAUCACACCCGACCUGAGAGGACCAGACUGGACCAGACGUGAAAAAUCUGAAAUCAACAGAGCCAAAGUCAUGAAGUCAUGUCUGAAGGAUUUUGAAGGUUCCUCUACUCUUUUUUAUACCUCUGAAACUGAUUAACCCCUGUGUCUUCUGCCAGAGUUUACCCAAAAUCCUCCUUUUAACUGACCUCUGUGGGUUUACUAUGAGGGAGCUCAAAAUAUCCCAUCUUUCCUUGAGUUAGCAGGCUCAACAAAGCCUUAAAAUUUAGUUACAGAUAUCAGGUAUGAUAAAGCUGGUUAUGAACUUUUCUCUGCCAUGCUUUGUGCUUCCAGCUCUGUGCAAUCUCAUUUGAUGUUUUUUUGUCUUCAAAAUAAUGACCACCAGCUGUCUGCUUUUGUCAAAUUAAAAUAAAGCAACAUUAAGCACUACUUCCAUUAACUGAGAUUAAAAAAAACAUCUCCACUGCAGCUGCAUGGAAGGAAAUAGACACUGCAGAACAUUACUGCUUUUUAUUUAUACAGUGCCUAUAAAAAGUGUUGUCACCACCUUGGAUGUUUUACCCCUUAUUGACUCUACCACUCCAGAACAUUCACCUUGCUGUCUUUGGACCAUUUCUGUGUAGCUUUCCCUGUAGCAUCCCCACAGCAUGAUGCUGCCAGCACUGUGCUUCACAAAGGCGAUAGUGUGUUUGGGGCAUCUCCUUUCUUCAACUUGACCAUGGAGUCUCCCACAUGCCUUUUGGUGAACUCUACUCCAGAUUGAAAGCUUUGACUGGUGAAGAACCAGCCAACAGUUGUUGCUGAAGCUUGGAACUCCUUCAGAGCAGU